AUAGGCUGGAGGGAGGCAGCUGUUGCCAUUAUUUUAUCCGCCAGCUCAGAUACAUCAGCGGCUUCACCCUUCCUGGAGAGGAAAAAAAAAAGAUGAGACUUUCACCAUCAUCAUAGACAAACAGCACUGAAAGAAAUUUAUCCAGAAAAAAGUGAUAUCAAAUGGUACAGAAAAGUAGUAUGUCCAGGACGCCUUCGACCUCAACCCAGGAGAUCCAAAUGGACAUGUUUGACCAUCAUCCACAUACGCAGGGAAAAUACGCCAAGAGAAAGAGUCGGUUUAAGCGCUCGGAUGGGAGCACCUCCUCUGACACCACCUCCAACAGCUUUGUGCGACAGGGCUCUGCGGACUCCUACACCAGCCGGCCGUCAGACUCGGACGUGUCGCUGGAGGAGGAUCCCGAAGCUCUGAGGAAGGAGGCUGACAGGCAGGCUCUUGCCACACUUGAGAAAGCAAAGACCAAACCAGUGGCAUUUGCCGUGCGCACAAAUGUCGGCUACAACCCAGGCCCCAACGACGAUGUUCCUGUGCAGGGCAUGGCCAUUUCUUUUGAAGCCAAAGACUUCUUGCAUAUUAAAGAGAAGUACAACAAUGACUGGUGGAUCGGGCGUCUGGUGAAGGAAGGCUGCGAGGUGGGCUUCAUUCCCAGCCCGGUUAAACUGGAGAACACGCGUCUUCUGCAGGAGCAGCGGAUGAGGCAGAACCGGCUCAGCUCCAGUAAAUCAGGAGGAAGCUCUAGUCUGGAUGUUGCCACGGGAACCCGCAGGCCCACCCCACCUGGCACAGCUCACGUGGAUAUUUCCACGAUGCCCUUUGACGCUGACCCCCUCGACCUGGAAGCCGAGGAGCCCCCUGAGUCCCAGGGAGAGCCUCGCUCCUCCAAGGGCAUGUCGGGGAGCGUAACGUCCCCUCAGGCCAACGCCCACCGACUGCCCUUCUUUAAGAAGAUGGAACACGUCCCUCCCUACGAUGUGGUUCCCUCCAUGAGACCCAUCAUUCUGGUGGGACCGUCUCUCAAAGGCUAUGAGGUGACAGACAUGAUGCAGAAAGCUCUCUUUGAUUUUCUGAAACACAAGUUUGAAGGAAGAAUAUCCAUCACGCGGGUGACAGCAGACAUCUCUCUGGCCAAACGUUCAGUCCUGAACAACCCCAGCAAACACACCAUCAUCGAGCGCUCCAGCACUCGCUCCAGCCUGGACGUACUGGCUGAGGUGCAGAGUGAGAUUGAGCGCAUCUUCGAGCUGGCCCGAACCCUGCAGCUCGUUGCUUUGGAUGCAGACACCAUCAACCACCCCACUCAGCUGGCAAAGACCUCUCUGGCUCCCAUCAUCGUCUAUAUCAAAAUAGCAUCUCCCAAGGUUCUCCAGAGGCUCAUUAAAUCCAGAGGAAAGUCUCAGGCGAAACAUCUAAACGUUCAGAUGGUUGCAGCAGACAAGCUGGCUCAAUGUCCACCUGAACUGUUUGACAUCAUCCUGGAUGAGAACCAGCUGGAGGACGCAUGCGAACACCUGGCUGACUACCUGGAGGCUUAUUGGAAGGCAACACACCCACCUAGCAGCAACCCUCCCAACCCCCUACUCAACCGUACUAUGGCCACGGCGGCCCUCGCUGCGUCUCCCGAGCCCGUCUCCAACCUGCAGGGCCAGUACCUGGUGCACGGUGAGCACAAGAGGGAAGGUGUCUUAACAGAAUCCGGCGGCAGCAGCACUCUGCGUGACUACAAGAGCGACCUGGGAGGAAAGCCUCAGCAGCAUCACCAACAGCAGGCGUGCCUGCGCUCGUCCCGCGGCCAGCUUCGAGGGGGGAGCAGCCGUGGCCUGUCACGGCAAGACACCUUCGACUCCGAGACCCAGGGAAGCCGGGACUCGGCCUACACCGAGGCCGGGGACUCUUGCAUGGACAUUGAGACUGAUCCGUACGAAGAGCCGGAGCCUUACCGAAGUGGUGGGGGCAGCCGCCUCCACCUGGCUCAGCAUCAUGGCCGACAGGCCUCCUGGGAGGACGAAGGUGCAGAGCCAGACCAGGAGAACCUGAACCACCCUCCAAUGCCGAGCCAGACGCAGCCGCAUGGACGUGCCAAGCUGAAGGAGCGCUACUGCCAGGACCCCGUGGACACAGGAGCCAACAUAAGCCGCAACAAGAACCAGGACGACUGGGGGAGGGACGUGUACAUCCGCUGAACCCUCACCUUUCACCUUUCUACAGAGAAAAAGGGAGCCACAGACUGAGAACAGAAAUGUGGGGUUGGGGAAAAGGGCAGAUUCCUUGAGAUGUUAACCCUUCAACACCGGAGACGUCGUCUUCGACACCUAAAUAACACACACUCUUUCACAUAUCGCAACUCUACGAUCGUUUACGCAAUCAGCGUGAAUCGUUUGAUUGUGACGCUGAGAAAAGCAGGUUUCCAUAUCAGCUGUGCACCGUUAUGCGACACUUAACAUUAUACAGUUGAGAACUGAACUGAGUGACUCCUCCCCCUUGCCGUUCCAAAUAGGAAGUACCCGCUGGCUCCAAGAAGCCAAAAUCCUUUAAACUUCUAUGGAGAAAUAAACAGCUGUUACUCAGUCAUUCUA